UAGGAGAGUGAAACUGUGUUUUGUUUACAUGCUGAGCUUCUGACUUCAAUAAAAACAGCAGAAGAUCUAUAGAAAUGUGUAAACUUUCUCGCCUGGGCAACAUAUGAAGAAAUGACUGAAUUUGGUGGUGAACAGUAAAAAUCAUAAAUUUGACUACUUUUGUCCAAAAUGAAACCAUUACAUCACAGAAAGCAUGAAUAUUUGCUGCAGAUAAUACAGGAUCAAAAACUGUGGUUUGCAUUGAAGUCAAUGGGACGUUUUUGUCGUAACAGGCACAAGAGGGUGGUAAAUUUUAAAUCUGCUGCUACACAAAAACUAAAAAAGCAUAAAAUGUGAUAUUUUGCUAGACUCUUGACAUAUCCAAGGCUAAUUCCAUGCUGUCGUUCUUUUUAAAACACAGAAACGGUUUCGUUACAUGUUUUUUUAGAAAAUAACUCGGUGCUGUUUUUUCUUCUUCUUCAUAAAUUACAUCAAUGACUUUUGAGUAUUCAAACUGGCAUUUCAGGGGUUAAAAGCUUCAAAAUGAUUGAAUUUUUUUAUGUUUGAGCAGGGCUGAAGUUGUUCAACAGAUCUAUGAAAAAAAGUAAAAAAAAAAACAUUAAUGUAUACAUUUUUUAUAGCCACUUUUACAAGCGGACAUUUUUGUCCUCUAAUGACUCUUGUAUGAAAAUUAAAGUGAAGCCUGAGGGUUGAGGCUCAUAUGAUUUAUAGAGGCUCAAAGUUCAGUUUCCAGUUGUAAAUACAUUUCAUUCUACUGUCAGUUUAAAGAAAUAAUACAACUGUUAUAUGUGUGAAAACACAGUUACAGCUGUCUGUAAUUGACAUAAUAUGUUUCUGUGUUUCCUACAGAUUUUCAACAGGUGAUUCUGGUUAAAUAAGAAGCUUCAGAAGAACAGAGUGCUCGUGUCAACCACCAGCACCUAGAUUUUCUCCACAUAAAGGAGGAACAGGAGAAACUCUGGUCUAGUAUGGAGGGAGAGCAUCUCCAUUUGAAUAAGGAGACUGAUGCUGCCAGGUUUCAAUCCUUUAGCCAAAAAACACAUUUAAACAAACACACGAGAGUCCAGACAAAGCAGAAACAUUUUGCCUGUGAGCACUGUGGACAAAGGUUUCACCAAAAGACUAAUUUAACCACACACAUGAAAGUCCACACUGGAGAGAAGCCUUUUGUCUGUGAGCUCUGUGGAACGAGAUUUACCCAAAAGACAACUUUAAACAGUCACAUGAGAGUCCACACUGGAGAGAAGCCUUUCCCCUGUGAGCUCUGUGGUAAUAGAUUUAGUGAAAAGGGAAGUUUAAACAAACACAUGAGAGUCCACACAGGAGAGAAGCCUUUUGCUUGUGAGCUCUGUGGACAACGAUUUAGCCAUAAGACAAGUUUAAACAGACACAUGAGAGUCCACACUGGACAGAAGCCUUUUGCUUGUGAGCUAUGUGGUAAUAGAUUUAGUGAAAAGGGAAGUUUAAACAUACACAUGAGAGUCCACACUGGACAGAAGCCUUUCGCCUGUGAGCUCUGUGUAAAAAGAUUUAGCCACAAGUCAACUUUAAACACACACAUGAGAGUCCACACUGAACAGAAGCCUUUUGCUUGUGAGCUCUGUGUAAAAAGAUUUAGCCGAAAGACACAUUUAAACAGACACAUGAGAGUCCACACUGGACAGAAGCCUUUUGCUUGUGAGCUAUGUGGUAAUAGAUUUAGUGAAAAGGGAAGUUUAAACAUUCACAUGAGAGUCCACACUGGACAGAAGCCUUUCGCCUGUGAGCUCUGUGUAAAAAGAUUUAGCCAAAAGACAACUUUAAACAGACACAUGAGAGUCCACACUGGCUUUUCGCCUGUGAGUUCGGUGGAAAAGAUUUACCCAAAAGAUCAGUUUAAACGGUCACAAAAGAGUCCAUAAAGGACAGAAGCCUUUUGCUUGUGAGCUCUGUGGACGAAGAUUUAGCUGAAAGAAAACUUUAAACAAUCAUCUAAGCAUCCACUAGGGCUGAACGAUCUAUUGCAGGGGUCUCCAACAUUUUUUGGCCCGUGAGCUACUUUUACACAAUGAAGUACAGCAGAGUUACUGCCAUACUACCAUCCCUUCAAGUCUUUAAGUCUCGUUUAAAGACAUUUUUAUUUGAUUGCGUUUUAGCGCUAGGGUUCUUUGAAUUGCCCUGACAUUAUGGUUUUAAUUCUUCUUCUUUUUAACCCAGAUGCUUGAUUUUAUUUUGUCCACCAUUUGUUUUUGAUCGAUUAGUCUUAUUCCGUUAUCUCUCUUUAUUUGUAAUAUUGUUUGCUUGAUAUUUUAUGAUUUUAUGUUUUUAUCUUGCUUUUAUGCCCAUGUACUGAGAAUGUUUUUCUUAUGAUGAUGCUGUUCAGCACCUUGGGCUUCCGAUAACAUUGUGGAAGGUGCUCUACAAAUAAAAUUUGAUUUGAUUUGA